AUGGGCACCGGUGCCUCGACCUCGCCGUCGACAUCCCCGAAAUCGGGCGCCAAGCCGGCAGAACCUGCAUCGAAGCCUGCGGCGACGCCGCAGAGCAGCAGGCUCUUCGUCGGCGCCAACUGGAAAUGCAGCUUAGAGACGGUGGAGGAGGUGGACAAACUGCUCGGCGAGAUGGUCGCCUGCUUCGGCGCUGGAGGGCCAGAAGGCGUUGAGCUGUGCGUCUUCGCGCCCUACGUUUUCAUCGAGCGGGCCAAGUACACACUGGGGACAGGCAUCCACGUUGGCAGCCAAAAUGCCUGGGACGCUGCUGAGGGCUUCGCCUGCACGGGAGUGGUCUCGGCGAAGAUGCUCAAAGGAAUCGGCUGCCGGUGGGUCCUACUCGGGCACUCUGACCGGCGCAACGUCCUGGGCGAAACGGACGUGCUGAUUAGCGCGAAAGUCAGGCAGUGCCUGGAAGCCGGCCUGAACGUGAACAUCACGAUGCCUGGUCGUUAA